UGCUGCCUUUUAAAGUGGAUUUUCACUGUUUCCUUUUAAAUGGCUUUAUUUUCCCCUAACUUUUACAUCUCAUUUUUCUUUUACUCAUUUUAUGUACCCCAGUGCACUCAUAACAAAAGCUCAGGAAAGUGCAUUGAAUUUAUGUUCCUGUAAAUGGUCCCUAACUUGCGAAAUAGCUCUAGCGGCAUCCGGUGACCAGGCCUCAGCCAGUGGGCGCUGACUGCCCCUCAGCUGCUCCUCGGACUCGGGCCUGCUCCGCAUGCGCCACAGGUGGGGCCGUGACUCGCCCCCACUGUGUGUUCUCCGACGCCUCAAGACUCAUUCUGCUGACAGGAACCCGAGCAGGGGACGGAGGCAGGCACAAGGAGUGAGGAAUGCUUCUUUCCCAGGAGCUCUUGACGUUCGAGGACGUGGCUGUCGAGUUCUCCGAGGACGAAUGGGCGUGCCUGGGGCCUGCGCAGCGGGCCCUGUACCGGGAGGUGAUGCUGGAGGCCUGCAGGAGCCUGUUCUUCCUGGAUAUCACUGCUAGAUGUGUGAUCAGAGGGCUGUCACUAAAGGAGUCACUCCAGACGUUGAUAGUGGAAACACACGGGAGUCGUGAUUUCCAUGGUUGUGAUUUAAGGGCGGUGCAGCCAGAUAAGCAGGCAUCUGAGAGUUGGCGGGCAUGUGAAGAAAACGAUGAUGCCGCUGCCCGGCCCAGAGGCCUCGGUGGUGGGGGAGAACGGCAGCGUUGCGGGUCCUGGGGCCGUUUCCUCAUGGAGCUGCACACCCGUGUCGCAAGUCUAGUGCCAUGUUACAAGCAUGACGAGUGUGACGUAAGGAACAAGGAACGGGGAGAUAACGUGGGCUCUUCAGGAAGUGAGUACGUGAACAGUUUGGACUGCGGCCUGGGGCUAAGCUUGAGUUCACUCCUGGCUGAGCUGCAGGCCUCACAGGCUAAAGAGGGAGCUGGUGGAUGUAACCACAGUGAGAAGAAGCCUGGCAAGAGUGGCUGCUCGGGUUCACCCUGUCAGGGGGUUCCUCCUGGGGGCCCGCCUACCCUGGGCUGUAAGCACGGGGAAGUCUUCGUUCCUCCCUUGUGGCUCGCAGGACACCACAGAACACUCACCAGAGAAAAACCUUACAGGUGUGAUGAUUGUGGGAAGGCUUUCAGCUAGUGCUCGAUCUUAGCUCAUCACCAGAGGAUUCACUCCGAGCAGAGGCCACACACGGGUGGCGAGUGUGGUAAAGCCUUUAACUGGCUCUCAAACCUCACGAGGCAUCAGAGGAUCCACACGGGGGAGAAACCGUACAAGUGUAACGUGUGCGGCCAGGACUUCACGAUACGGUCACACCUGUGGGGCCACGCGCGGACCCACACCGGGGAGAAACCUUACCAGUGUCAGGCGUGUGGCAAGGCCUUCUUCGAGCGUUCCAGCCUCGCUCAGCAUAAGAGAAUCCACACUGGAGAGAAGCCUUACAAGUGUAAAGAAUGUGGGAAGGACUUCACCACACGGUCACACCUGUGGGGUCACGAGCAGAUCCACACUGGGGAGAAGCCUUACAAAUGUCACGUGUGUGGGAAGGCCUUCUCCGGAAGUUCAAACCUUACUCAGCAUAAGAAAACUCACACAGGAGAGAAGCCAUAUACAUGCAACGUGUGUGGCAAGGCCUUCAAGCAGUACUCUGGCCUCAGCCGCCACCAGACUGUGCAUGGAGGGAAGAGACACUCGUGAACUGUGUUUCAAAACUGUCCGUGUGCACGGCCUUGCGGACGUGAGAAGGUUCACACAGCAAAGAGACCUCAUAAAAGUCUUGAAUGUAGCAGACUUCAAGCAAUGGCCUGGCCUUGGGGUCCAGCACAGACUCCCUGAAGGGGAGACCUGUACAUGCACAGUGUGGUCUGUGCUGUACCCUGAAUUGUGUGUCAGCGAACUUCGUGUGCUUCUUGAAGAUAAAUCUAGUCAAACAUUAUACUCUGCAGGGGAAUUAAUAGCCACAACAGUUGAACAUUCAUUAGCUGAUGGUGCCUGAGGAGCUGGGGUAUCUGUAAAGGCUCAUUUCAUUAGUUUGUAAAUUAUUCUAAUUGUUUUAGACUUCUUGAUGAGACUGUUUAUACAUUUUCAGCCCAAGACUCAGGGUCUUAUAACGCUGUUAGGUUUUCACAGGCCUUCACGCAUCCUGUAAUGGUACCGGUGAAGGAACUUGAUGGGUGUGUGUGGGGGCAUGGUCCUAACGUCCAUGGUGCUGUUUUUAAUUUUCAGUUGCAUUUGUUCAUGUAGAAAGGCUGUUUUUGUACAUUAAUCUUGUAUCCUGCAACUUUGCUGUUAUUUCAUGUUAGUAUUUUAUCUCAAACUUCAGGCCAUCAUGUGCGAUUGUUCAUAAACCUGAGA